CUGCUGCGGUCCCGGACUGAGCCAGGUGGCGGACUGAAGAGCGCGCUGCUGGGGCAUGGCGGAGGAGCGGCCAGGGGCCUGGUUCGGCUUCGGUUUUUGCGGCUUCGGGCAGGAGCUGGGCUCCGGACGCGGGCACCAGGUGCACAGCCCUAGUCCUCUGCGGGCGGGCGUCGACGUCUGCCGCGUGAGCGCAAGCUGGAGCUACACCGCCUUCGUGACUCGUGGAGGCCGCGUGGAGCUGUCGGGCUCAGCCAGCGGCGCGGCGGGCGGCUGCAGGGACGCGUGGGCCUCGGAGGGGCUCCUCCUGGUGCUGCGCGCUGGGCCGGGGCCUGAGGCGUUACUGCAGGCCUGGGCGCCCGACUCGGCGCUGCGUGGGGAGCCCUUGUGGGCCCACAAUGUGGUGCCCGAGGCCGUAGAGGAAGACGAUCCGGGCGGUGAGGCCCAGAUUGGGAGGUUACCCCUGUUGCCCUGCGCCCGUGCCUACGUGAGCCCGCGGCCUCCCUUCUACCGGCCUCUGGCUCCGGAGCUGCGGGCGCGCCAGCUGGAGCUGGGCGCCGAGCACGCGUUGCUGCUAGACGCGGCUGGUCAGGUGUUCUCCUGGGGCGGGGGCAGGCAUGGACAGCUGGGCCAUGGGACCCUGGAGGCAGAGCUGGAGCCACGGCUAUUGGAGGCGUUGCAGGGCCUAACCAUGGCUGAGGUGGCCGCAGGGGGCUGGCAUUCUGUGUGUGUGAGUGAGACUGGGGAUAUUUAUAUCUGGGGCUGGAAUGAAUCGGGGCAGCUGGCCCUGCCCACCAGGAACCUGGCAGAGGAUGGAGAGACUGUCGCAAGGGAAGCCACAGGACUGAAUGAAGAUGGUUCUCAGGUGAAGAGAACGGGCCGGGUUGAGGAUGGAGCCCCUGCCCCCUUCAUAGCCGUCCAGCCCUUCCCAGCAUUACUGGAUCUCCCCUUGGGCUCAGAUGCAGUCAAGGUCAGCUGUGGAUCCCGGCACACAGCUGUGGUGACACGAACAGGGGAGCUCUACACCUGGGGCUGGGGUAAAUAUGGACAGCUGGGCCACGAGGACACCACCAGCUUGGAUUGGCCCCGCCGUGUGGAAUACUUUGUAGAUAAGCAACUCCAAGUAAAGGCUGUCACCUGUGGGCCCUGGAACACCUACGUGUAUGCCGUGGAGAAAGGGAAGAGCUGACGUGUGUAUGUAUUAUGUAUAUACAACACCUGUGAAACCCCCCAUUCAGGUCAAGGAAAACCAUUGCCUGCACCCCAAGGGCCCCGUAUUUGCCCCUUCCCAUCACAGUCCUGCCUUUCACCCUCAAGCACCAUCCUAAAAUUGUCUGCACUUUAGAAACACCUGGAGAAAGUUGAAAACUCUGCUGCCUAAGAUCAGC